AAAUAUUAUUAGGGGGCGUAGAAACUAGAAAGAGUCGUAGAAGAUUCGGUGGGUUUUGGUUGAACCAUAAAACUGACCAGCGGCGGGCGACCAAAGACGCUCCACUCUCCACUCUCUAAUGUCUCUAACUCGGCUUAACCCCACAACGUCAGUGCAGUUAAAUUCUAACCCCAGUUGAGCUCAGCCGCGCCAGAAAAGUCUCUGCAGUGAAGAACGGACCAGACUGACUUUUUGUUUUUUCUCCCACACGACAUGGAGACCGGAGAUGAAUGAGAGCUGCUGCCUUUGCCGUUGCCGUUGCCGUUGCCGUUGCCGUUGCCGUUGCCGUUGCCGGGAUCACAUUUUGGAGUAGCAUUCGUAAAUUAAGCAUUAAGCGGAUGACCUCCAACCUCUCUAACCAAAUCUAGCUUAACUCCUAAUUUCUUUGUUUUCUGUUAAAUUGUUAAUUGAUCGAUACGAGACGGCACACUUACACAGAGAGUGUGUGUCAGGGAUCUUAAUUAGCCAUGGAAGAGGAAAAUCGAACGCUAAAUCAGAAGCUAAUUGACGUCGUUAAUGAGAUUUCUGCGAUCUCGGACUACAGAUGGGCAAUCAAGAAACAGUACUGUAACCUUGCGAGGCGAUUGAAGCUCUUGAUACCCAUGUUUGAAGAGUUCAAAGAGAGCAAAGACCCGAUCACUGAGGACAAUGUAAAAGCCCUAAUUUCUUUAAAGGAAGCUUUGGAAUCAACUAAAGAGAUCCUCAGAUUCGGCAGCGAAGGCAGCAAAAUUUUCUUGGUGCUAGAGAGGGAGCAAAUGAUGAACAAAUUUCAGGAAGUGACAGCUCAACUAGAACAGGCAUUGAGUAGAAUUUCCUACGAUAAAUUUGACAUAUCAGAUGAAGUUAAAGAACAGGUUGAGCUUGUCCUUUCUCAGUUCAAAAGAGCCAAAGGACGGGUUGAUGCACCUGAUGUCGAACUGUUUGAGGAUCUUUUGUCUGUUUACAACAGGAGUGGUGAUGCAGAAAUAGAUCCAACCAUCUUAAGGAGAUUGGCUGAAAAGUUACAGUUGAUGAGCAUUGCUGAUCUUAAGCAAGAAUCACUAGCUUUGCAUGAGAUGGUUGUUGCCAGUGGCGGAGAUCCAGGGGAGAACAUAGAAAAGAUGUCAAUGCUGCUGAAGAAAAUCAAGGAUUUUGUACAAACUGAAGACCCUGACAUGGGUGCUCCUGCAAAUGAGAAGACUGAAAUUCCAGUCAUACCAGAUGAUUUCCGCUGUCCAAUAUCACUGGAAUUGAUGAAAGAUCCUGUCAUAGUUUCAACAGGACAGACAUAUGAACGAGCAUGCAUUGAAAAAUGGCUUGAAGCAGGGCAUGGCACGUGUCCAAAGACACAACAGAACCUUUCAAGCACUGUCCUCACACCAAACUAUGUUUUACGUAGCCUCAUAGCCCAGUGGUGUGAGGCCAAUGGCAUUGAACCCCCUAAACGGCCAAGCAAUUCACGUCCCAGUAAGACUGCAUCUGUCUGUCUUCCUGCUGAACGUGCCAAAAUUGAUAUUCUCCUUCGCAAACUUACAUCUGGAAACAUUGAGGACCAGUGUUCAGCUGCCGGUGAGCUGCGUCUUCUUGCCAAACGCAAUACUGACAAUCGUGUCUGCAUCGCAGAGGCUGGUGCUAUUCCCCUCCUUGUUGGCCUCCUCUUGACUACUGACCCCCGGACCCAGGAACAUGCUGUUACUGCACUCCUGAAUCUUUCCAUUUGCGAGGAUAACAAAAGUAGCAUCAUAUCAUCUGGGGCUGUACCAGGUAUUGUACAUGUGCUCAAGAAGGGAAGCAUGGAGACACGGGAGAAUGCAGCAGCCACACUCUUCAGUCUGUCGGUAGUAGAUGAGAACAAGGUAACCAUUGGUGCCUCUGGGGCAAUCCCAGCACUUGUAGCGCUGCUGAAUGAAGGUAGCCAGCGGGGCAAAAAAGAUGCAGCAACGGCACUCUUUAACUUAUGCAUAUACCAAGGAAACAAGGGAAGGGCAGUGAGAGCUGGAGUAGUUUCCACACUAAUGAGGUUGUUGACAGAACCUGGUGGUGGAAUGGUAGACGAGGCAUUGGCCGUACUAGCAAUAUUAGCAAGUCACCCCGAGGGGAAAAUGGCAAUUGGAGCUGCAGCAGCUGUGCCUGUCCUAGUGGAGGUAAUUGGGAGUGGAUCUCCCAGGAACAGAGAAAAUGCAGCUGCAGUGCUGGUGCACUUGUGUUCAGGUGACCCAAAACAUAUAGCAGAAGCCCAGGAACUUGGGUUGAUGGAUCUACUGCUGGACCUUGUGCAAAAUGGUACAGACAGGGGUAAGCGCAAGGCUGCGCAGUUACUUGAUCGUAUAAGCAGGUUUGUUGAGCAGCAGAAGCAGGCUCAAGCACAAGCUGAAGCCCAGACUCGGUCUCAAUCCCAGAUCCAUUAUUCAGAGUCACUAUCUACAGCAAGUGCUAUUGAUGGAUAAGAUGCUCUGUUUUUUUGUUGUGUUUCACUCCUUUUUCUUGUUGGCUUCGUUUUUUUUAUUCAUUUGAAAAGCAAUGGGGUUUUGCUUCAUUAGGACUGGGAGGGUGGAAGAUCACCCGCCCGACUACUGAGUUAUUUGUUUAUAUCGCAGCUUGGGGCCUCCUAUACGUUGAAGGGAUGAAGAGCAGAGCCAUUCAAUUGGAAGAAAGAGGAAGAGAGUACGGCAUGUGAGACAUAACGUGUAGUGUACCAAUGUACAUUGUGCUAUUGUUAGCAUCCCCUUAUUUUUUUUUUAGGGUGGGGAAAUACGUCUCUUAGUCCACAGCAAAAAAUAUUGCUUUUUAUUGACAUAGAACUGGUGGUGACUGAUCCCUCUGUAUUCAGAAUUUGCCACUUUGAAUGAAACAGUGAAGAAAGAGUGAUCGCCCAAUUAGAUGGUGAUUCA